GUCCGCGACGACAGUGGAUCGCUCGUGAACUCGUGUACAGCCUAGCAACCGGCAAGUUGAUUGUUAGUCGAUUUCCGAUGUCGGUGUGAUGUCUGUGUGGUGCGCUGGCGCCAUAUAGAAGUGGGCGUUCUGCCACAUGAUUCCGCAAUCUAAUCAGAUCAUCUUCUUCUCAUCCCACCCACCCAUCUCUCUUACACCCCCACGACCCCUCCUUUAUCAGAUCAAAUCUUCACAAUGAGGCUUCAAGGCGUUACAGACACACUGGGCAACCUUAGCCUAUCAAACCCCCAUCGCGUACUCAUUGUCGGCUGCGCAUACGGUGGUAUCUCUGCUGCCAUCAACCUCCUCGACUAUUCCCAAGGAAAGGCCCGACAGAGUGUAUACCCAGGUCCAGAUUUCCAGGGUGUGCGAAGUAGAAGAGGGGUUGAAAUUACUGUCAUCGAUGAGCGCGAUGGUUAUUUCCACUCGGUUGGCGCACCGCUCGCCCAUGUUACACCGAAGUACACAACCCAUAUGUGGAAGAGGUUUAGCCACCUCAACGAGCUAAAGCACCCGAAUCUGCACUUCAAGCACGGCAGUGUCAAGAACAUCAAUCCUGAAGCUAAGGUCGCCGAAUGGUGCGACCGAAAUGGCAAGACCCAACAGCAGGCAUAUGACUACCUUGUCAUGGCCACCGGCCUGAAGAGACAUUUCCCUGCGGUGCCAAAGUCUGGAAGCUUUGAAGAGUACCAAACAGACAGCAAAGCCUUUAUCGCGAAGAUCACCGGCGGUGACCCAUCGAAAUGUGAAGGCAGGAGAGUUGUAGUGAUUGGCGCUGGUGCUGUCGGUGUCGAAUUUGCUGCUGAGAUCAAGCAGUACUACCCACAGAUUGAUGUCACACUAGUGCACUCACGAAACGAAGUUCUUUCUUCAGAGCCACUACCAUCAGAUGUCAAAGAACGCGCGAAGAUCUUGCUCGAAGAAGAGGGUGUCAAGCUGGCUUUGGGUAACCGGGCAACCAUCACAGAGCUACCAAAUGGCCAGUUCACCGUCACGCUCGCGAACAACGAGACGAUAACAGCAGACUUCGUCAUUGACUCAACGAAGAAGGGCACACCAACCACCGAUGUCCUACCUACGGAGUGCCUGAACGAGGACAAAGAGAUUAUGGUACACCAAUCCUUAAUGUUCAAGGACACUAUCGCGAACUCAUCAUCUCACUUCGGCGUUGGCGAUGUAAUCGCAUGGUCAGGCAUCAAGCGCGCAGGCAGCGCGACAGUCAUGGGACAAGCCGCUGCACAGAAUAUUUACUCCGACAUACUCAACUCCGAACUUGCUCCCUCAUCCGAACAAUAUAUCAAGACAGAGCUACCUGCAUGGGACGCUGUCAUUGGUCUAGCGGUUGGCAAGCAAUGUCUGACCUACGACCCAAAGAAUGGCAUCAAAUACGGUGUUGAGGUCAUGAAGGGAUACUUUGGUGAGGACCUAGGCUGGUCGGCGAACUUGAAGUACCUUGGUCUCACGGAUGUUGUGGAGAGGGCAGAUAGCCCGGUAGAGGAAGUGGAGGCCACAAAGAUGGCUGAAGUGGGCAUCAAGCCAGUCAGUGCGCAAGCAUAAGCAUUUAUAGACAAGAGUCUACGCAGGCGUUUAGGUACAGGUAUAUGACAGCGAAUAUCAUUUUUAUAAAAUUGGACUGUAGGCUUACAUAUCGCGCAUCUAUUGGAUAUAACAGCGUCGCUGAAGAUCAAGGUACAACGUAAUGGGACAUAUUAU